AUAAAACUCGUAUGGAUGGUAAACUGGCGAGAAAAUGAAGUGUUUUUACACGUGAACAGCACCUUUGAACAUGGCAAAUUCCAGACCUUUGCUAUUGGGUUUUCACAACGUGGUCAACUAUCUCGCACCGAUUUAUGUGUGUUUUCGUUUGUUCCUAAUCUAUUGAAGCACGCUUAUGAUACAUAUACUUCAGGAGACUAUAAACAUCUCUUUAUUGAUACUAUACAAAAUUGUGACACCAUUUAUAUGGAUGAAAACUCUAUUGCAUUUCGACGUAAAUUUGACACUUGUGAUCCACAGGACAUUGUAUUUCACUCGGGCACUAUGUAUUUGGUGUGGUGGCGUAUAGACGCACUGCUGGACUGGAGAAGUAAUGUUACUAUGAUGCCAAAUAUAAGCGCACAAAAUCAAGGUGUGCUACCUUUACAACUGCUAAGAGCUGAUAAGAUUCACAUCAAUGAAGAGCCACAAUAUCUGAACAAGAUAGAAGUGCAUCUGGAAAAUGUGGUUGUCCCAGCGGUGGAAACAACCUAUUGGUGCAAAAUACAGCAACUUGAACCGUGGUUGAUAAAUACCAAACAUCAUAUCAUUCAAUUUGAACCAAUAAUAGACAACGAGGACUUAGUGCACCAUAUGGAAGUUUUUCAAUGUAUCGCAAAUAAAACGGAGAUUUCAACUUUUAAUGGUCCUUGCAAUGAUAUGCCUACAUAUGGACGCCUAUGCUCAAAGGUUAUGGCACUAUGGGCUAUGGGGGCUGGUUCUUUCACAUACCCAAAAGAAGCGGGUCUACCUGUAGGUGGCAAAGAGUUCAAUUCACAUAUUCGCCUGGAAGUUCAUUUCAAUAAUCCAAACUUGAAGUCCGGCAUUAUUGAUAGCUCAGGUAUGCGCAUAAAUCUAAUAUCGAAGUUACGUCGCUAUGAUGCUGCUAUUAUGGAGUUGGGAUUGGAAUACACAGACAAAAUGGCUAUACCACCAGGACAAAUAGCAUUUCCGCUGUACGGUUAUUGUAUAGCAGAGUGCACCAAAUUAGCCUUACCAAAAACAGGCAUUACGAUAUUUGGUUCACAGUUACAUACACAUUUACGAGGUGUGCGGGUUCUUACAAGGCAUUUGCGAGGAAAGGAAGAGCUUCCAGUUAUUAAUCGAGACGAUUUCUUCUCACACCACUAUCAAGAAAUACGACAGCUUCGUUAUAAACCUGAAGUUCUCCCGGGAGAUGCUCUGGUUACUACCUGCUACUACGAUACGCGUGGUUAUAAAUUGCCAACUCUUGGAGGAUUUUCAAUCAGCGAUGAAAUGUGUGUGAAUUACAUACAUUACUAUCCAGCAACAGAACUCGAAGUUUGCAAAAGUUCCAUCUCAGAUAAUUCGUUGUACAAUUUUUUUGAAUACAUGAAGAAGGUACAAGGGCAAAAUAUAUCCUCAGCAACAGGUCCUCGUUCAAAAAACUAUUUAUCAAUUCACUGGAAUCAAAAAAGGACAAAUAAGCUUCUAGAAACAUAUCUUUCCACACCAUUGAGUAUGCAAUGCAAUCGAUCAAAUGGAAUGCGUUUCGAUGGAUUUCAUUGGGAAGAUGCACCAAUCACUACAUUGAAACUUCCGAUCAGAGAAUCCAGGUCGUGUUCCUCUCAACCGAAUAAUCUGCAAUGGUUCAAACCCUUAAAUCACGGACUUUGUGAUAGUUUUGGAGAAUGUAUUUAUGCGGAGGCAAAAGUGGAAGAAUAG